CGCCUUCCUGGGCCCGUGACCCGGAUCCUAACCAGAAACGGACACGCUGCAGCGCCGCCGCCGUAUCCACCGUGCGAUUCCAACCGACAUGCGACUGAUUUCUGAAGGAUUCCCAACGACUCCGUGAUGAACUGACGGCAGAGAAAACACCAGAUGAAUUAGGUUUCAUUAAGAUGAGAGAUAUCUGCCCGACAGCAGCAGAGAGGAGUCAACCUGCCUUGGAGGAAAGCUAACCCACGAAUGGCCUGCCAGUCUGUUGCUGCAGUCAUGGACGAGCAGGCCCUGCUGGGACUCAACCCCAACGCCGACGCCCGCUACAGGCAGAGGGCCAUGGCUUACUUCGAGCAGCUGAAGGAGUCCCAGGAUGCUUGGGAGGUGUGUGCCGAGGCCCUCGCCAAAGGAAUUUACAACGAUGACCACGUCAAGUUCUUCUGCUUCCAAGUUUUGGAACAUCAGAUCAAGUUCAGAUAUGCUGGUCUGAGUGCAGCUCAGCAGCAGCUCAUCAGAGAGACGCUGAUGAAGUGGCUGCAGUGUCAGCUGAUGAACAGUCAGCCAGAGAAACCCUUCAUCAGGAACAAGGCGGCUCAGGUGUUCGCCCUCACCUUCGUCAUGGAGUAUCUGACUCUGUGGCCCAAAUUCUUCUUCGACAUCCUGUCCCUGGUGGGUCUGAACCCGCACGGCGUGGACGUCUACCUGAGAACGCUGAUGGCCAUCGAUGCCGAGGUGGUGGACAGAGACAUCCUGCACACGCCUGAGGAGACUCGCAGAAACACUUUAAUCAAAGACACUAUGAGGGAGCAGUGCAUCCCCAACCUGGUGGAGUCCUGGUUCCAGAUCCUGCAGACGUACCAGAGGUCCCAUCCAGAGCUCACCUGUCAGUGUCUGGAGGUGGUGGGGGCCUACGUGUCCUGGAUCGACCUGAACCUCAUCGCCAACGACCGGUUUGUGAACCUGCUGCUGAAUCAGAUGUCGAUGGAGGAGCUCAGAGAGGAGGCCUGCGACUGCCUGUUUGAAAUAGUCAACAAAGGGAUGGACCCCGUGGACAAAACCAAGCUGGUGGAGUCUCUGUGCCAAGUUCUGCUGUCUGCCGGCUUCUUCAACGUGGAGCAGGAGGAGGAUGUGGACUUCCUGGCCAAGUUUUCCCGGCUGGUGAACGGGAUGGGUCAGAGUCUGGUGCUGAGCUGGACCAAACUGGCCAAAGCCGGGAACGUGAAGGAGGCGGCCGAGUCGCUGCAGGCCGUGGAGGCCAAGGUGCCGCUGCUGCUGCAGCUGCUGGUGCACGAGGACGACGACAUCUCCGCCAACAUCGUCGGCUUCUGUUACGACUAUCUGCACGUGCUCAAACAGCUUCCUCAGCUGACUGACCAGCAGAAAGCAAACAUCGAGGCCAUCAUGCUCGCUGUCAUGAAGAAACUGACGUACGAUGACGAGUACAACUUUGAGAACGAGGGCGAGGACGAGGCCAUGUUCGUGGAGUACAGGAAGCAGCUGAAGAUGCUGCUGGACCGACUGGCUCAGGUUUCUCCUGAGCUGCUGCUGGAAGCCGUGCGCCGAGUCUUCACCAACACCAUGCAGAACUGGCAGACGGCUCCCUUCAUGGAGGUGGAGGUGGCCAUCAGGCUGCUGUACAUGCUGGGCGAGGCCCUGCCGGCAUCUCAUGGCGCUCAUUUCUCCGGAGACACGGCGAAGACCAGCGCCCUGCAGGACAUGAUGCGGACGCUGGUUUCCUGUGGCGUCAUCAGCUACCAGCACUCCUCGGUGGCUCUGGAGUUCUUUGAGACGGUGGUCCGAUACGACAAGUUCUUCAUCGUGGAGCCGCAGCACAUUCCCAACGUUCUGAUGGCGUUUCUGGACCAAAGAGGACUGAGACACAACAGCCCGAAGGUCCGCAGCCGGGUGGCCUACCUCUUCUCCAGAUUCAUCAAGACCCUGCAUAAACACAUGAACGCCUUCAUCGAGGACAUCCUGACCAGGAUCCAGGACCUGCUGGAGCUCGCUCCUCCCGAAAAUGGCUUCCCGGCGCUGCUGACCAGCGACGACCAGCUCUUCAUGUUCGAGGCGGCGGGCGUGCUGAUCGUCAACGGCGAGAGUCCAGCGGAGAGGAAGCAGGCGCUGAUGAGGAGUCUGCUGACGCCGCUGAUGGAUGCCUUCCGCCUGCUGCUCGCCAAGCUGCCGCAGGAGACGGAGGAGGAGCGUCAGGCCGCCCUCGCCGACUGUCUGAGCCACGCCAUCGGCUUCGUCAGCCGGACCAGUAAGGCCUUCAGCAACAAGCAAACGGUGAAGCAGUGCGGCUGCACCGAGGUCUACAGGGACUGUCUGCACACCUUCUUGCCUGCACUGAGCUGCCCCGUCCAGCGUGGGGUGCUGCGCAGCUCCGUGCGCUCCUUCCUGCACAGGAUGAUCAUCUGCCUCGAGGAGGAGGUGCUGCCCUUCAUCCCCGCAGCCUCCGAGCACAUGCUGAAGGACUGCGAGGCCAAAGACCUGCAGGAGUUCAUCCCGCUCAUCAGCCAGAUCACCGCCAAGUUCAAGCGGCAGGUGUCCCCCUUCCUGCAGCAGGUCUUCAUGCCCCUGGUGCUCGCUAUCUUCGAGGUUCUGUCUCGGCCGGCGGAGGAAAAUGACCAGACGGCGGCACUGGAGAAUCAGAUGCUGAGGAGGAGCUACUUCUGCUUCAUCCAGGCCAUCACAGGAAGCGGGAUGAACGAGGUGAUGGCGAAUCAGGGAGCAGAAAACAUCGAGCGGAUCUUGUUCACCAUCAUCCAGGGCGCCGUGGAUUUCCCCGACCCCAUCGCCCAGAAGACCUGCUUCAUCAUCCUGUCCAAGCUGGUAGAGCUGUGGGGAGGUAAAGACGGCAUGGUGGGCUUCCCCGACUUCAUCUACAAACACAUCGUGCCGGCGUGCUUCGUGGCUCCUCUCAAACCCACCUUCGACCUGUCAGACGCUCAGACGGUUCUGACGAUGUCGGAGUGCGCGCUCACGCUGAAAAUGAUUCAUCUCAAACGGGGUCCAGAGUUCAUCCAAUUCCUCCAGCAGGAGUAUCUGCCGUCCCUGCAGGUGUCACCAGAAAUCGCCCAGGAGUUGUGUCAGGUGCUUCAACAGCCAGAUGUCAAAGUCCUAAAAAACUACAUAAAGGCGUUUUUUCAGAGAGCAAAGCUGUAGGAGAUCAAACUGCAGGUUGACCGGGACUGAAAGGACUCUUCAAAGGAAGUGGUUAAAAAAGGAACUUAGCAUAAAGCUGCUUUUGCACGUAACAAAGCCCCGUGUGUGUGUUGGGAGUCGAGAAUGGGAGAGCUGGGAAAUCCUCCGGCUUCAGCCGGCGUGAAACGAUGAGCUGUCCGGGAAAAGGAGCCGGACCCGUUGUGGUGAAGAAAGGGCUUUUGGAAACAAACUGAGGUCAGUCGGAGAGGAUGCUGCCGACGUAAUCAUCAUCAUCACCUGAACUCCUGAACAGAAAGAUGGAUUUACUCCAGUCAGACACAUUAGAAACCACAUCUCAACUCCAGCUAGGUGGAAGUUUUUUUGUUUUUGUGCCGUUUGCUGCCAGAGAACAGAAAAAGGGCCGAACUGUCAUUUCAUGUCAAAGGUGGCGUAGAAUAGCUUUGUGCUGACAUGUGGUGGAAGAAGUGCUCGAUUUAAAGUUUGAAGUGAAGCGUUUCAGCCCAUUUCUGAGCAUCUGCCUUCCUCAGACUCCUCAGUUUAAUAAUUAUCAGAAAUAUCUCCAUCAGAAAUGGGUGGAGCUCCAUCAGCUGCUUGUGGAGUUUAUGAUAAAACUCCUCUGAGUAUUACUGUUUCCUGGACGUGUCACUAAUAAUAACUUCAGAUGGAAAUGAAAAUAAAAUGGAGGAACAAAGUGUAAAUAAGAGGAAAAGAUGUUAAAAUGUAAAUAAAGUUCCUAGCUUUAGUUUUUUUAAAACAUUCAUUCCCAUCUGAAAACCUUAUUUGGAAGCCCGUUUGUGCCAUGAGAAUAGAAAAUAUUGGGAAGUGUAGAAGAUGAAUAUCUGAACGGUGAAAUAAAUCAAAUCUUGGACUUGUCUGUUUGAUUUGCUGGUGUUGAAAUGGGAAGACUUUUUUAUUUAAGCCUUAAAAUUGUUGAAGUAAACAAU